UUGCGCACUGCCAGCCUCGGCGCUGUGCUGCUUGGUGUGCCGGACUCUGGACCGAGCGGCCAUGGGUUGGCGGGCGGCUGGGUCAGUGAGGGCCAGGUAGCAGUGGGGCGGCAGGGACCGCUGGCUCGGCCCAGCAUGUAGACGUCCACGCGGGCGCGCGGCAGCCGACGGCAUCAGUGUUUUUCUCAUAUCAACUAUGGAAAUGGAACAAGAAAAGAUGAAUGUGAAUAAGGAGUUGAGCUCUGAUUCAGCCUCAUACCACUGCUCAGCAUGUCACGGGGAUGAGACCUGGAGCUACAACCAUCCCAUCAGGGGCCGGGCCAAGUCUCGGAGCCUAUCAGCCUCACCUGCCCUGGGCAGCACCAAGGAGUUCAGGAGGACUCGCUCUCUCCAUGGGCCGUGCCCAGUGACCACAUUUGGACCAAAGGCGUGCGUGCUACAGAACCCCCAGACCAUCAUGCAUAUUCAGGACCCUGCAAGUCAGCGGUUGACAUGGAACAAGUCUCCCAAGAGUGUGCUUGUCAUCAAAAAGAUCCGAGAUGCUAGUCUACUGCAGCCCUUCAAAGAGCUCUGCAUAUACCUCAUGGAGGAGAACAACAUGAUCGUGUAUGUGGAAAAGAAAGUGCUGGAAGACCCUGCUAUAGUGAGUGAUGAAAACUUUGGACCAGUGAAGAAGAAAUUCUGCACUUUCCGUGAAGAUUAUGACGACAUUUCCAACCAGAUAGACUUCAUCAUAUGCCUUGGAGGAGAUGGCACCCUACUCUAUGCCUCCUCACUUUUCCAGGGCAGUGUGCCUCCCGUCAUGGCCUUCCACCUUGGCUCCCUGGGCUUCCUGACCCCAUUCAACUUUGAGAACUUCCAAUCCCAAGUGAAUCAGGUGAUAGAGGGGAAUGCCGCUGUUAUCCUGAGGAGCCGGCUGAAGGUCAGGGUGGUGAAAGAGCUCAGAGACAAGAAGAUAGCCAUCCAUAAUGGCCUCAGUGAAAACGGCCUGGACACAGAGGGCGGAAAGCAGGCCAUGCAAUACCAGGUCUUGAAUGAAGUGGUGAUUGACAGAGGCCCCUCCUCAUACCUGUCGAACGUAGAUGUCUACCUGGAUGGACACCUUAUCACCACUGUUCAGGGUGAUGGAGUGAUCGUGUCCACCCCGACGGGCAGCACAGCAUAUGCAGCUGCAGCCGGGGCUUCCAUGGUCCACCCCAACGUGCCGGCCAUCAUGGUUACACCCAUCUGCCCCCACUCGCUGUCAUUCCGGCCCAUCGUGGUCCCCGCAGGGGUCGAGCUGAAGAUUAUGCUGUCACCGGAAGCCAGGAACACUGCAUGGGUGUCUUUUGAUGGACGGAAGAGGCAGGAAAUACGCCACGGAGACAGCAUCAGCAUCACCACCUCCUGCUACCCGCUGCCCUCUAUCUGUGUGUGUGACCCUGUGAGUGACUGGUUUGAGAGCCUUGCCCAGUGUCUGCACUGGAAUGUUCGAAAGAAGCAAGCUCACUUCCCAGAGGAUGAGGAUGAGGACCAGGAUGAGGACAGCUAGGCCUCACUUCCCAGCCUCCAACCUGAGCCCUCAAACCCUUGGGGGCCUUCCUUCUCUUGCUCUCCUGCUGGCUUUCUGGCUGACCUGGCCUUGACAAACCACAUGGCUGUCAGGCAUCUGUGUCCUGCCUGCCUUGCUGGGAGAGCUUGGGUCUGCCUUUUGAAGAACACAUCAGCUUUUUAAUA